CUCCACAGCAUAAUUUAAAACAUUGAAGAUGUUGAAUCAGGAAUAUAUUAAAGGAAUCUGUGAGCCUGAACUAGAAGAAAGAGAAUGUUACCCCAAGGCCAUGCACUGCAUUUUUGUUGGGGCUCAGAGCCUGUUUCUGAAGAGCUUGAUUCAGGACACCUGUGCUGAUCUCUGCAUUCUGGACAUUGGUCUUCUUGGCAUCAGAGGAAGUGCCGAAGCUGUGGUCAUGGCUAGGAGUCACAUUCAGCAGUUUGUAAAACUCUUUGAGAAUAAUGAGAACCUACCCAACAGUCAGAAAGAAUCCGAGGUGAAAAGGGAAUUUAAACAAUUUGUUGAAGCUCGUGCAGAUAACUAUACAAUGGACUUGUUGAUUUUGCCCACUUCCUUGAAAAAAGAGCUUUUGACACUCACACAAGGUGAGAAUUUAUUUGAAACGGGAGAUGAUGAUGUUAUUGAAAUUAGAGAUUCUAAACAAGCAGAGUUUCCACAGAGUGCUGCCACAGGGCUGAAUAUUUCCAGAGAUGAAAUUGUUUUGCAGGAAGAUGCAAGAAAUAAAGCUGGCACUCCUGUUUCUGAGCUUACAAAACAAAUGGACACGGUCUUUUCUAGUUCGCAAGAUGUCCUUUUUGUUCCAAUAAAUGGUCUAACCCCAGAUGAAGAGGCACUUUCCAAAGACAGAAUUUGUCACAAAAGGAGAUUUUCUGAUUCUGAAGAAAGGCAUACCAAGAAACAGUUUUCUUUGGAAAACGUUCAAGAGGGGGAGCUUCUACAUGACGGUAAGACAUUAGCUGGAAGUGUAAUCAUUGACUUAUCUGAUUCUUCUGCUGAUCCUGAAAAUUUAAGUCCAGAUGUGAAGGACACUACUGAGGAAAUGGAAUACAACAUCCUCGUAAACUUUUUUAAAACCAUGGGCUAUUCCCAAGAAAUUGUUGAAAAGGUCAUUAGGGAGUAUGGGCCAUCUACUGAACCAUUAUUGCUCUUAGAAGAAAUUGAAAAAGAAAAUAAAAGAUUCCAAGAAGACAGAGAAUUUUCACCUGGUACUUUGUAUCCAGAGACCAAUAGAACCAAAAACAAAGGUGUUUGUAGCAGCAUAAAUGAGCUUACAACAGAUUCCACUCCAAAGAAAACACAAACUCACACACAGCAAAAUAUGGUAGAAAAAUUUUCUCAGUUACCAUUCAAAGAAUCAAAACCAUGUACCUCAAAUUGCAAAAUUAAUACUUUCAGAACAGCGCCAGUAGAACAGAAACAAGAAAUCUGGAGUUCAAACCAGAAUUACGUUUGUAACAUGGACCUUGAAACUGACGGCCUUUCACCCUCUGUUGUCCCUUCAAGUCCCAAAGAAGUUGUCAGUUUUGUUUCAAGAGGAGCUUCAAAUCAUCAGCCCAGAAUUCCAGUUUUUCCUGAAAAUGGUUUGCAGCAGCAAGCAGAGCCCUUACAUCCAAGUAAUAUGAAGUCUGCCUGUGAAAACCGUUCAGGGUGUUGUAGCUCUCCCCAGUCGAAGCCAAAUUGUCCACCCCUUUCUCCACCAAUGCCACUGCCCCAGCUGUUACCUUCAGUUACUGACGCAAGGUUGGCGGGAACGUCUGAUCAUAUUGAUUCCUCAGUCACUGGCGUUCAAAGGUUCCGAGAUACUCUGAAAGUACCCUACAAGCUGGAAUUAAAAAAUGAGCCAGGAAGAACGGAUUUGAAGCACAUUGUUAUAGAUGGGAGCAAUGUCGCAAUUACCCACGGUCUGAAAAAGUUCUUUUCUUGUCGUGGAAUUGCAAUUGCAGUUGAAUAUUUUUGGAAGCUUGGCAACAGAAACAUCACUGUAUUUGUCCCACAGUGGAGAACAAGACGUGAUCCUAAUGUCACAGGUGAGGCAAACUGAUCCUUUCAGAUUUCUCCUUUUCUAGAUGUUUAAUGUGUUGGCUUAUAAUUGCAGCACAUACUACUUAGAGCAGGGCCAUGUGCCUUAGGCAGCAGUUUUAAAAGCAAAAUGGUAAAUCUGUUGCACCCAGUAGAACAUAAGUUGGAGUGUGUUACAGCAUUAAGAAGUACUUGGGGGAAGGAUGGAAAGGUAACAUAGUUGUUUAUGUAGAAAGUUACGUUAGAGUUCAUUAUACAUUACAAAAAUUUUCCUGACUUUCUAAAAAGUAGGUUAAAUCUGUCUUUCCAUUAGUCUGGGCUUCUGCCUCAUUAAAUAAUCUUUUCUAAAAUGGUCACUUGAUAAAUUUGGGAACCCCCAUAUAGAGUGGGUUUUGAGCAGUCUAUUUAAUAGCUUAAUAUAAAUUAUGCCUGUUAAUCGUGUGGUACUGCAUGAUUGACUGAAGGCCACAUAUGAGAGCUUUGAGCUUAGCGAAUUGUGCAGUAGUCCAGAGAAACCUAAGGUUGUUUCUUAGGUCACAGUAGGAGGAGUGGCAAGACUAUGCCAGGCAGCUUAACACAGCAGCGGCUAGACACAAAAGGUAGAUUGGGAGGAGAAAGGGUGAGUUCAGAGCUCACACAGCACUUAAACAGGAAGUGAAACUUAGUCACUGUUGAGGUGGAAAUGGUAAGACCACACAUUUCUCAAGUAUCCCAACUUCCCUCAUUU